AUGGAGGGCAUUACUUUCGAGGCCUACGAUGAAGUCGGACCUGGCUCAAAUGCACUAGUGCAACUUUUGGAGAAAGAUCCACCCUCAAAUCUGGAAUCCAGCUCACUGAAAGUAGUUCAGGGCCUGAUAGCUGAGUUGUCCUCAAUGAGAUGUCUUGAAGGUCUCAUGUGGUCUCGCCUUUCAAAGGGACUUCUCUUAGAGUCGGCAUUGCCCCUUCGACGGGAUUCGAAACUGGGCCGUGCCCUCGGGGUUCUGCCGACUGUCGGGACCGGGCUUUAUCCAUCGGAGUCCGAUUCGGCCGCAAUCUUUGCUGCCAGUUGGGCUGGCGGUGGAUCUGCCAACUCACUGACUUCGAAUUCCGGUCUCUUCAACUCGCAUGGCCUCAACCAACAGGCGCCCACUUCCGUCUUCAAUCUUGCCUCACCUCGUCCAAGCCCUUCAUCACCGAACGCUUGUUCAAGUGGACAGGAUUCUAUGCCAUCCGUGGCCUCGCGUGGCCUCCUCUGGAUUCUUGACGAGGCCUCGAUGCUGGGCGAUGAACGUGCAUUUAUAAAUCGACUUAGUCAACUUUAUCUUCUGCAUAAGACUGCGGUUCUGCAUCGUGGUGAGUGUCAGGCCUGA